GGACAGAAAUACUCACCAACAGAUAGGCGGUAUGGUGGGCACCACCCGGCAAAUGUAAUAGAGAAAAACUUCCCAACAGAUAUGUGGUAUGAUGAAGUUACUGCAAAAGUUAAAAUGUAUGACUCAAUAAAGAAAACAUGGAAAGUAGGAAACAAUAUGAUUGAAGGAAGAGCUUCUUGUGCUGCUGUUCAUUUUGAUGGAAAAAUCUUUGUUUUUGGUGGAUUUGGUUCAAACAACACUCUGUUAACAAGUGGUGAAUUCAUGAACAUUGCUGAUGGAGUUUGGACAAUGUUAACAAACACCAUUCCCUUUCAACUUGGUGAAGUUUCUGCUUGUUGUGUUGGUGACCACAUUGCUAUGUAUGGAAGUUCCAAACCUGGACAUAUUGCAUUGUACAACACAAACAAUGAUGAAUGGAAAUCUUUUAAAGAAGAAGGACAGAACUUGUUCAAUGGGAGAGGAUGCAUAAUGGCAAAAUAAAUUAAAUAAAAGAAAGUUAUUUUUCUUUGCAAGGCUGGGAAACAUUGGACAUUUUACCUUUUUUUGCACAUGCUUGCUUAUGAAUUACAGCAUACCAUGUAUAUAAAGACCGACUCCUAUAGAGACCUAAAGUUAGGUUUUCUAUUACGCAUAGAACUCUUAACAUGCCCACUCCUAAAAAUCUUCACAAUAUAUGAAACCUAUGACAUGUUCACACCUAAAAAUUCGAGGUCAACCAGCAUGUGUUGCAUUUUCCUUACAACCUUUUAAUGUAUUUUGUAAAGCAUAAUGUAAUAUAGUAGGUUAGGGUAAGAUAGGAGAACUUUUUUCCCUUGUUUUGUUCUCUUAUAUAUGGCCAUACCAAAAUAAAAUGGUAGGUACAUAAGUAUGGUAAGGUAA